UAAGAAGAGCUUUCCUUUCACAACAACACAUAGGUAUAUCGACCAAGAUGGUAGCUGUUUUAAUUUUGGCUGCUUUCGCACCUUUUGCUUUAGCUUUACCCUAUCAGCUGGCUGAAUCGGAUUCUACCAGAAUUUCAGGAGGAAGCAAUGCAACAAUUAGGGAAAUUCCUUAUAUAGUUCAAAUAAACGUGGAUGGUAGUAAAACUUCAGACUGUGAUGCGUCAAUAAUUUCAAGACUUUGGGUUGUUUCCGCAGCUCACUGCUUAAGCAGAAUGCGUGCUGCAAACGUAAGUAUUCGGGCGGGAACAGACAAAUUCAUGAGAGGUGGUGUGGUGAUAAGAGCCUCAAAUAUAUACGUUCAUCCCAGUUAUAGUAAUAUUACUCAGGAUUAUGACAUAGGUUUAAUAAGACUUGCUUCACCACUCACUAUUGGUCCAAAUAUAGCUUCAAUUACCCUUGCGACAAAAAAACCCGCAGUGGGAGCAUCAGCUGUUGUUUCCGGUUGGGGAGAUUUAGAUUCUACCAGCGAAACCAUCCCAACACAAUUACAAAAAGUCGCACUACCAGUUGUUUCUGACCUCGAAUGUCCUCCUGUGUAUACUCCAAGAAUGAUAUGUGCAGGAUACCGUAAUGGAAGCCGAAGUCCUUGUUAUGUAAGUGUUCCUUGUUCGAAGGAUUUGCUUUAAUUAUAGGGUUGUUCG